UGUACAAAUCCGUCGGCCAGAGGAACAAAAGUUUACAUACCUUCGUUUUAAUGACUAGGCAAAUAUGUCAAUGUUUUUCCUGCGACAUCAAAAAUCGGCUGACGCCGCCAUGGCUGUCGCCUGUCGGCGGCGAGAGCAAGCGGGCGCGGAUCACGCUCGGGAGCAUCUACGACUACGAGAGCUGGAGCCUGGAGGUGCUUGUCCGGGGAGGGCAGCUUCGGCGUGGUGGUCGAGGCGCGCCACCGCGCCACGGGCGAGGCGGUGGCCGUCAAGCGUGUCAGGGCCUCCGACCUCCGCGCGGUCCUCCGCGAGGCCGGCUGCCUGGACGCGUGCCGCGGCCACCCCUCGGUCGUGGCCUCGUGGGCAUCCGCGACGUCGUCUAGGACGCCGCCAACAGGGACGUCUUCCUCCUCGUCAUGGAGUUCGUCGGCGUCUGCAGCGGGCGGCAGCGCCAGCCUGCGGCUCCCGGAGGCGGGGGGAUCAUCGACUGGGACAUCAAGCCAGACAGCCUCGUGGGCGCCGGCGUCCUGCUUGCCGUCCAGCCCAGUGACAGGCUCACCGGCACCCUUGGUGAGUUGUUUCGCAUGGAAUCCGACUCGAAUCCAACUCCAGCACCAGUCGGAUUCAAUUCGCCACGGUACUCCACCUAUUUAAUUCUGCGCGCGACCAAACCAACCACCCAGGCGGCCACCCAGGAUCAGCGUAUCCGAAUUUGUGUAGGUUUUCCUCCCCAUAUCUUGAGCGGUGCCGGCGGCGAGCCGGCGACAGAUCGUAGGUGUGUGGCCGCGCCGUGCGAGAUGGAGAAUCUGUCGGAGGAGUUCCUUGUCUUCUGGAAGGAGGCCGAGGCGGAGGAUCCGGAGGCGUCGUAUGCCCGCGAGCAGGAGGAGGAGCAGAAGCAAAGGAGAGCCAGAUGGAAGUCCUCCGAGAUGAGCAUCUUUAUGCAGUUAUGGUUACUGAUAAAGCGCAAGAAAAUGUCGGAACUCGAGCAAGCACAUGCCAUGAAGCAGGCGGAGAGGGGAUCUGAAGAAGAGGAGGUGCAGCAGCAGCAGCAGCCCAACAAGCUCAUGGAUUACUUCUUCUCCAAUCGCAGCCCUCUCACUGGGCGUUACAAAAGGUUUCGGGCUGACUGGAUGGUGAUGCAUCCUGGCCUGGCCUUCGAGGACAUCACGACGAUCCGUGCCAUGAUCUACACGAACCAACCUGUGCCCAAAUAUGUGUAUGAUGGCAGCGUUGAUAGUCUGCAGAUUUAUUCAGUCAAGGUUGUCCUACAAGGUCGGAGAGGCUUAGAGUGGCCGCUCCAUGUGUUUGGUUUGGUUGCUGUACGCGACUCCAUUGAUUCACAGCGCAACCUUAUCUUCAACAUCCAGGAAAGGGAUGACUGUCAAACCCUCACAGAAGAGAAUCCAUAUCUGGUACUGACGGGCCCUACUCGAGCUGUUGGGUUGAAUGGGCCUGUGAACAUUGAGGCUGAGCUAAUAGUGAAGGGCGCCGUUCAAUCUGAGGACCAGUACAUCAUCCUCGAUACUGAAUUUUUACCAUGUGGGCUUCAUUGCUUUGCUCCUUUGUACGGUGCAAAGGGUAGCAUGCUGCAGGUUGCAUUUGAAAGGAUCCCGGAUAGUGUGGAGGCCACAAUAUUUAUCAGAGUCAUUCAUGGUUCAUGGCCAGCUGAUUUUCGUGGUCAUUUUGCUGCCAGUACCAGUGUUGAGUUCGAAAUCUUACUCAUUGAGUGCAAAGGUGAUGGCAAGUCUAUUAGAGAGGAUGGCAACAUGAAGCAUUUGCGACAUGUUGUUUCCGUUCCACAAGAUCAACAUCUUACGGUAUGGUUCCAGGCUUGUGAUGAAGAGGAGCCUGUGGAGGUAUCAUUCAAGGCAAAGCUAUCAGGUAGAAGCUUUGGUCAUCUUCAGUGCGGCCCCUGUCGUGUUGGGGUCCUUGUCGCCUGGUCGCGUAUUCGUCCCAUGUGUGAUGACCUGGUGUCUGAUAGUCUGAGGCAUUUGUGCCAUUCAUGAAGAUCCAUGUCUUCUGUCUCUGCUCAUGGGCUCCUAUCUGACUGGUGAGCGGUGGCACCCCCUCCCGACCUCCCCCUCUACCCUCCCCUGCCAUAACCUUUCUUGUGUGUGAGGCAUGAGAUGUUCUUGGUAUGUACGAUGAACUUGCUUUGUAUGUGUGGGACUUGAGAUGUUUAUGACUAUCUGUGAUGAUCUCGUGACUCUAUCCAUAAAGCCCUAGAGAUGUACUUGUGAUGAC